AGACAGAGGAGUUGUGCGCAGACCCCGGCAUUCCUCUUCCUGGAUGCAGACGUGUCUUUAGGAAGCAGCUGGAGUCUGGUACACAGCAUCAGUGUAUCACCUGUCACUGUAGUGGAUUACAGAUCCCAGCAAUCUCACGUGUAGUAGACUACAGAUCCCAGGGCUGGCAGGUCUGCAGCUUGUCCCAGGGAUCACUCUCUCUCACUAAGUCACUUGGGUGUGCCAGUAGUUGGUGUGCGGAGGAGCUGCGAUCAGUGAUGGCUUCUGGCAGCCAGGUAAAGGAGCUACAAGCCAGGAUCAGAGAGCUGGAAGAAGAGCUGAGCCGGGUACAAAGCAGACAUGACACACACAGGGACAAGAUCGACAAGAUGAGCUCAGAGGUGGUGGACUCCAAUCCGUACAGUCGUUUAAUGGCUUUGAAGCGGAUGGGAAUCGUGGAAGAUUAUGAGAAAAUUCGCACUUUCACGGUGGCCGUAGUCGGUGUUGGUGGAGUUGGCAGUGUCACUGCAGAAAUGCUAACAAGAUGUGGCAUUGGUAAGCUGCUACUGUUUGAUUAUGAUAAGGUAGAGCUGGCAAAUAUGAACAGGCUCUUUUUCCAGCCACACCAGGCAGGCCUCAGCAAGGUGGAAGCGGCGGAGCACACAUUGAGGAACAUUAACCCGGACGUCCAGUUUGAAGUACACAACUACAAUAUAACAACUAUGGACAAUUUCCAGCAUUUCAUGGACAGAAUAAGCAAAGGUGGAUUAAAAGAAGGGCAACCAGUAGACCUGGUACUGAGCUGUGUCGACAACUUUGAAGCACGCAUGGCAAUUAAUACUGCAUGCAAUGAAUUGGAACAAAUCUGGAUGGAAUCUGGAGUCAGUGAAAAUGCGGUAUCCGGACACAUCCAGCUCAUUAAACCAGGAGAAACGGCCUGUUUUGCAUGCGCACCUCCUCUAGUGGUUGCAGCAAACAUUGAUGAAAAGACUUUAAAGCGGGCUGGUGUCUGUGCAGCCAGUCUGCCCACCACAAUGGGAGUUGUAGCUGGAAUACUUGUACAGAAUGUUCUCAAAUAUCUCUUAAAGUUUGGCACAGUGAGCUUCUACUUAGGAUACAAUGCAAUGCAGGACUACUUUCCAACUAUGUCAAUGAAGCCUAACCCAUCCUGCAGUGAUAGAUACUGUUUGCAACGGCAGGAGGAAUUCAAGUUAAAAGAAGCUGCAACGCCUAAACCUGAAGUCGUGGUUAAAGAAGAAACACCUGUUGUGCACGAGGAAAACAAUUGGGGAAUUGAGCUAGUGUCUGAGCAAUCUGAGGAAGAGUUGAAGGAGGCUACUGGACCUGUCCCUGAUUUGCCAGAGGGAAUCACUGUGGCAUACACAAUUCCUGUUACGAAACCCACAUCAGGAGUUUCGGUGGAGGACUCAGAGCAGAGUCUGGAGGAGCUCAUGGCUCAGAUGAAGAACAUGUAACUCACCAGUUCAUCAAGCAGCAAAUGAUUCUCCAUUCUGCAGAGAACAUGCUUCUUAUUACUUUGUCAUAUCAUCACAUGAGGCCUCACUUAUCAGUGUCUGACAU